AUGUCCCAAACUGCCUCCUCCAGAAGGCGGAUGAAUAGGAGCUCCGAGGAAGCCUAUGCCUCACCUGUUCUGCGGUUUCUGUCUGAACCCCCAGCGUCGCUGCCGUCACCUCACAUCUCGCAAGAGCGUUUCAGAAGGACUCGUGGUUCAAGCACUGAUGAGGAUGAGACUGAAGAUGGCAUUCUUAGCGAAGAUUUUCGGGUCGGUAGCCCGUUUCUAUGCACUGUUCCUGCCAUAGGUACUCCACUUGCAUCAGAUCAUCCACUCCAGAGACAGUGGCCAGAGCUACGCCCUAAGUUCGUCGAAAUCCUCUCGAAGUAUCGGAUCCGUCAUAGCACCAUGGAUCCAUGCCUUCGAACGUCUGAAACAUAUGAAGAUGAAGGCCCGAUUGAAACGGUCCUCAUCUGUGCACAUAGGACUGAGCGAGACGAUUCCUGGAAAAACACGUGCAAAGAUGUCCUGUCGACUCUGUGGUCCUCGGGCUUCGACAACGUUAGCGUGGAGUUGAUCGACGAGAGAGCGAAUAUUGAAAAGAUCACAUCUCCCGUGAUGCCUAAAGAUCCUAUUUAUAGCAAGUGGGAUGACAUCUCUCGCAAAAUUUGUGACCUCCUUGGUUUAGAGGAAAGCCAUCCCACUGUUUUGUUGACCGUGCCUCGUGAUACCACCAAGGAAUGGAAGAGCAAACGCGAUGAGAUUUCUAUGCUUCUGGAUAAUGAAGGACUCGGAGAGGUUGCUGUUGAAAUUAUCCGAAGCACGAUCUGGCGAGCAACAGAAGUCGACUUGACUAGUGCCAUCUUCCCUGACCAUGCAUGGGAGACAAGGGUGAAACUGGGCGCGAGCAUCGGGGUCCAUAAUUCAGAUUACGGUGGCUCUACUUUUGGCGGGUUCGUCGAGUUGCUGGACUCAGAAAAGAACAAAUGGCACGUGUUUGGCCUCACAUGCUAUCAUGCAGUUGAACCAGGAAACGUCCCACCUACCUCUAAGCUGGGAAAAGGAAUGUUAGUGCUGGAGUCGAGCAAGGCGAAUAUCCGCAUCGAUCAGCCCUCCUUGAAAGACCACAAUGCACGGAUGAAGAUGAUCAAACAGAAUAUCGAGACAGUCAGGGAGCAAUCUCUGUACAAGCAAGUCAAGAAGGCCAGGAAUGACGGUGACUUCAUUAUCCCAAAGGAAGAACUGAUAUUUGAAAACAUGGAGAAAGCCAUCCUCAACGCUCUUUCUCUAAAACUUCGUGCGGAAAAGCAUUUCAACACCGGAUCCGCAACAUUGGGGAGAGUUUAUGCUGCGUCUGGGUUCCGGCUGACCUCUGGUAAUGACAAACGCCAGCUAGAUUGGGCGUUAAUAUCUGUGUAUCAAAAUCGUGUGGAGCCGAACAAAUUCCCACCAGUCGGUUCAUAUAUAGAUGAACAAAUGGGUACCACGUUCUCUGGUGAGGCUGUGGAUGAUCCAACUGGUAAGAAGCCUGUGCAAAAUGACCGACUGUACAAGUUCGGUCGAAGAACGAAUUUUACUAUUGGCUGUUUUAGUGGCUUGAAAGCCUUAGAGCUUGAGUGUUGGAAAAUUGGAAACAUAAUUGUCACCAAUGAGUGCUCCGUUACCGGUCUGCCAGGAUCAGCUGCCUUCUCGAAAAGAGGCGAUUCUGGGUCUUUCAUAAAUACAGACGACUGGAGCCAGAGCUGUGCGCCUGCAACGGAAUCGUUGAACCUGGAAGACAUUCAGAACCGCCUGGAUAACGCUGGUGGGAGCUGA